AGCAGCCGGCCGGGUCCUGCUCCCGCCUCGGAGCCCCUGGCCCGGGGAGAGGGGGAGAGGCCGCUAGCCCGGUCUAUGUCUUUUUCUGACUCCAGUGCAACCUUCCUGCUGAACGAGGGUUCAGCUGACUCCUACACCAGUCGCCCAUCUCUAGACUCAGACGUCUCCCUGGAGGAGGACCGGGAGAGUGCCCGGCGGGAGGUGGAGAGCCAGGCUCAGCAGCAGCUCGAAAGGGCCAAGCACAAACCUGUGGCAUUUGCUGUGAGGACCAAUGUCAGCUACUGUGGUGUAUUGGACGAGGAAUGCCCAGUCCAGGGCUCUGGAGUCAACUUUGAAGCCAAAGAUUUUCUGCACAUUAAAGAGAAGUACAGCAAUGACUGGUGGAUCGGGCGGCUAGUGAAGGAGGGUGGGGAUAUUGCCUUCAUCCCCAGCCCCCAGCGUCUGGAGAGCAUCCGCCUCAAACAGGAGCAGAAGGCCAGGAGAUCAGGGAACCCUUCCAGUCUGAGUGACAUUGGCAACCGAAGGUCCCCUCCUCCAUCCCUAGCCAAGCAGAAGCAAAAGCAGGCAGAACAUGUGCCCCCAUACGAUGUGGUACCUUCCAUGAGGCCUGUGGUGUUGGUGGGACCCUCGCUGAAAGGUUAUGAGGUCACAGACAUGAUGCAGAAGGCUCUCUUUGACUUCCUCAAACAUAGGUUUGAUGGCAGGAUCUCCAUCACCCGUGUCACAGCUGACCUCUCCUUGGCAAAGCGAUCUGUGCUCAACAAUCCUGGCAAGAGGACCAUCAUUGAGCGCUCCUCUGCCCGCUCCAGCAUUGCUGAAGUUCAGAGUGAGAUUGAGCGCAUAUUCGAGCUGGCCAAAUCCUUACAGCUAGUGGUGUUGGAUGCUGACACGAUCAACCACCCAGCACAGCUGGCCAAGACCUCAUUGGCCCCAAUCAUUGUCUUUGUCAAAGUAUCCUCACCUAAGGUACUCCAGCGGCUCAUCCGUUCCCGGGGGAAGUCACAGAUGAAGCACCUGACUGUCCAAAUGAUGGCAUAUGAUAAGCUGGUUCAGUGCCCACCGGAGUCAUUUGAUGUGAUUCUGGAUGAGAACCAACUGGAAGACGCCUGUGAACACUUGGCUGAGUACCUAGAGGUUUACUGGAGGGCCACCCACCACCCAGCCCCUCCUGGCCCUGGACUUCUGGGUCCUCCGAGUGCCAUCCCAGGACUUCAGAGCCAGCAGCUGCUGGGGGAGCGAGGCGAAGAGCACUCACCCCUGGAACGGGACAGCUUGAUGCCCUCCGAUGAGGCCAGCGAGAGCUCCCGCCAGGCCUGGACGGGAUCUUCACAGCGUAGCUCCCGCCACCUAGAAGAGGACUAUGCAGAUGCCUACCGAGACCUGUACCAGCCUCACCGCCAACACACCUCGGGGUUACCCAGUACUAAUGGGCAUGACCCCCAGGACCGGCUCCUAGCCCAGGACUCGGAGCACAACCACAAUGACCGGAACUGGCAACGCAAUCGGCCUUGGCCCAAGGAUAGCUACUGACAGCCUCAUGCUGCCCUACCCUAGCAGGCAUAGGCACAGCUGGCUGGGGCAUCUACUCCAGGCAGGUUGGAGUUAGACUGGCAUUAGGCUGCCACUAGGUUCAGCUCCCACCGUCCCCUGCCCAGCCCCAGCUCCAGGGCUGCCUGUGGUCUAAAGGUUCUGGGAGAAACGGGGCCCCUCACCUCCUGGGCACAGUGACCCCAUAGACUCCCAUUCCAGCUGUGUUCUGCACCUUCCUUGCCUCCUGCACAAGAAGUUGCCCCAUUGGGCAAAUCCUUCAGGCCAAGAUCCCUCGAGCAGGGGGCCUUCCUGCCAGACUCAGGGAAGGGAUGUCCCCUCGGAAUAACAGAGGAUGGGGGUAUGGGCAGCAUGGCCCAAAGAAUUAAGGUUCCUGAGCAGGCCCAAGUCCUAACAGUCAAAGGAACUCGGGUUACACAGGCCUCAAUUCACCUCACUGCCACACAUCAGAAACGAGAUAAUCAGAGCCCAACCUGGUGGCAUUUCUAGACAGAAAUCCACAUCUAAGACCAGAGCAGCAGGCAGGUGAGAUUGGGCCAAAGACCUCACAGCAGCAUCUCUCAAGAGGAAAGGGCAUCUUUACCCCACCAGGAAGAUUAGCAUCUGACAGGUUGAGGGACCUGGAGCAUGGUCAAACCAAAAGGCAGAUCGAAGCCAACCUAGACGGGUUUAGGGGAAGAAGGAACAGCCUAGGGGCCUCCUUGCCUUUCUCAUCCUUCUGUCCUUGCAUCCUGUCAUUUCUGUUCUUUCCUUUCAUGCCUCCUGGAUGAUAAGUUUAAGACUAUUCCCUGACUCAUAUUGCUGCUUGUUAAGUUAGGGUUAGAUGGGGAGACAUAGGACACAAUGGGCAACCCAGAGGCCCUACCUGGUUACCCUGCCAUAUGGCUCUAGUGUGUGACCUACAGAGCAUGUUCCACAAGACCCUGCCCCAACUUCACUGACAUCACCAAUAAAACACCAUGCACAGUC